AUGAGAAUUGUCGCGUUGCUGGUGUGUUUGCUUCCGGUUGUCGUUGACGGUCAGAUUGUCGAGCAACUCAAUCCGGGACGCUAUUAUGCGAAAGCGGCGCCGAUGCUGACGCCGGAUUUGAUACAGGCGUGUCGAACGCCGCCGUGCGGCACCGAGAUGCCGACGCCGCCGCCCGAGGUCGAGCAGGAGGUGCCGGCGCAGGGACCACAAUAUCCGCAAGACGCUCAAUUCCAGCAAGGACCGUCACAGCAGGAAACUCAAGCGGACCAGCGGCAACAGUUUCAGGACGAACCGCAACAAGGUCCGCAGCAGCCGCGCUAUCCCACUCCAACAUCGCAGCUUUACCUUCCACAGGGAUCGCCGCCACCGCUGGCGGGAGGUGUCCAACAGCAAUCACAAGGAGCACCAUCUUCACAGCAGUACACCCAACAGCAAUCUUAUCCACAGGACCCUCUAGCUUACCCACAGCAAGGUCCUUCGGCUACACAGGAAUAUUCAGAGCAGCAAGGACCGGCUCCACAGCAAUCCUACCAACAUGGUCCUCCAGCUCCCCAACAGUACCCACAGCAAUCCUACCAGCAGGGUCCUCCAGCUCCAGAACAGUACCCACAGCAACAAGGCCUAGCUCCACAACAAUCCUACCAGCCAGCUCCACCUCUGGCUCAGUAUCAACCUCAAGGUCCUCCAGCUUCACAGCAGUCCUACCAGCAGGGUCCUCCAGCUCCACAACAGCAUCCACAGCAACAAGCUCCAGCUCCACAGCAACAAGCUCCAGCUCCACAGCAAUCCUACCAGCAGGGUCCUCUAGCUGUUCAACAGUACCCACAACAACAAGGCCUAGCUCUACAGCAAUCCUACCAACAAGGUCCUCCAGCUCCACAACAGUACCCACAGCAGCAAGGUCCUCCAGCUCCCCAGCAAUCCUACCAGCAGGUUCCACCUCAGGCUCAGUACCAACCUCAAGGUCCUCCAGCUGCUCAACAGUACCCUCUGCAACAAGGUCCAGCUCCACAGCAAUCGUACCAACAGGGUCCCCCAGCUCCACCGCAGUACCCACAGCAGCAAGGUCCUCCAGCUCCCCAGCAAUCUUACCAGCAGGCUCCACCUCAGGCUCAGUACCCACCUCAAGGUCCUCCAGCUCCCCAGCAGCAAGAGCAAUACCAGCAGACGAGUCGAUCGGCGCCACUUCGUCAAGAGGUCGAUCUGAUCAGCGAAUCGCGCCCACCCACACCCAACUAUGGCGACGAGGCGAUGGCGGUGUUCAGCAAGGCGGUGUACUCGGCAGCCGGUGUGCCUGUCUCGCGAGCGAGCCGCAUCGGCGAAUACCUGACGCCCGGCCGUCAAUCGCCACCACGAUCCGACACCGAUCCAUUCACCUAUGCGAAUUACUUUAUUGGAAGUAACAAGUCCGAAUGA